ACUACUUUUACUUUCAUUGGAUCUCGAACGGGCCAAAACAAACAAGACACAAUUCAAUUCGUCCGCGUAUACUGGCUGUGGACUAAAAGGAUUAAGUUUAUUUUUCCUGUGUACAUAUUAUUUUUGUGUAAAUAUUUGUGUGAGUGUCACCGCGGGUGUGUGACCCGGUGUGACCACUAGCUGGUGAAGUGCAAAGACCACGCAGAUGCGGUUUUGCCACCGUCUUCACGACGGAGAUCCCCAUCAACAACAACCCACCCGGACGGAGCACACCGACAGCAACAAGCUCGGGUGACGCGGCUGUGAGGACGAUCAGUCCUGCGAGGAAACGCUAGCCAUUCGGACUACGGCCUGACCAUGGACCACGAUCACCACGACCACCAUGAUCACCACGACCACCACGACCAUGUCCACGUGAUGGGUGGCAUCCGGAACGCAUCGGGUGACCCACUGCGCGGCAUGGCGCCCCACGACCUCAUCAUGGCCAAGGUGGUGUCCAUGGUGGUGCUGGGGCUGGUGUCCUUCCUGAUCGGCGUGCUGCCCGUCAAGCUGGCCUCGUGGUUCCACUUCGGCGACGACAUGAUGUCGGGCAAGCGGGCGCGCGCGCACGCCCUGGUCAUCUCCCUGCUGCUGUGCUUCGGCGGCGGCGUGCUGCUGUACACCACGUUCGUGCACCUGCAGCCCGAGGUGCGGCAAGGCUUCGACGCCCUGCGCGAGGCGGGCAAGCUCCCCGCCGAGGACAUGCACCUCGCCGAGCUCACGUUCUGCGCGGGCUUCUUCCUGGUGUACAUCGUGGAGGAGCUGGUGCACCUGAUGCUGGACGGCCGCGCGGGCCACGACCACGACGAGGACGACAAGGACGUGGUGGUGGUGCACCGCACCAUGAGCCUGCGCCGCUGCAACAACAACGCAGAGGAGGGCCUGCAGCGCCACCACAACAUGGGCGGGCCCAACCAGAUGAUCCCCCGCGCCAUCCUGGCCCCGGGCGUCCCCGCCAAGCAGAGCCCGCUCGGCCCGCUGGAGGCCGGCGUGGUGGCGACGCCGCCGCGCGUGGACGCGGCCCGGAAGAGCAUCACGUCGAGCACGGAGGGCCUCAUCAACGGCGGCUCCUCGCCGCUCGGCAGCCACCUCGGCUCCACCGCGUCGUUCCCGGCGCCAGACAUGCACGCGCACGCCCACGCGCACGGCCACCUGCACCACCACCACCACGGCCAGCUCAAGGCGAAGGUGGUCCCCAAGUCCAUGCGCGGCUUCCUCACCGUGCUGGCGCUGUCCUUCCACGCCGUGUUCGAGGGGCUGGCCGUCGGGCUCGAGUCCAGCCCGGGCAACGUGUGGUACCUGUUCGGCGCCAUCGCCACGCACAAGUUCGUCAUCGCGUUCUGCGUGGGCGUGGAGCUGGUGACGUCGCGGACGCGCCUGUCGCUCAUCCUGGUGUACGUGGCCACCUUCGCCGUGGUGUCGCCCAUCGGCAUCGCCGCCGGCCUGCUGCUCGGCGCGGACCCCGGCGCCGGCGAGGGCGUGGCCGCCGUGGUGCUGCAGGGCAUGGCGGCGGGCACACUGCUCUACGUCGUCUUCUUCGAGAUCCUGCAGCGCGAGCGCGCCUCCGAGCAGAGCGGCGUCUGCCAGCUCCUCGCCAUCAUGGUGGGCUUCGGCGUCAUGCUCGCCCUUGGGAUGACCUCGAGUCACAGCCACUCCCACGGCGGCGGCCACGGCGGCCACCAGCACGACCACCACGACCACGACGACGACCCCCUCCAAGCAUCGACGGCCGUCCCCGCCGCGGCCGCCCGGGCCGCCAUGCACGUGGCCGAGGCCCUGACGGCCAGGAUAGCGAGCUGAGGUGGAGCCCGACGAGUUACAAGACCGCCUGUGAUGUGAACCCGUGUGUGUGAGCGAGUGUGUUUGUGUGUAUGAAUGUGUGUGUAGGUAUGUGUGUGAGUGUAAAUGAAGCGCCGUGGUGGAGUCAAAUGGCUGCCUUAAUGUGGACUUUUAAAAGCAGUUAACUUUAGGGCCCUCCCUGUGCAGCUUUUUAAUCUACUUGACUGAAUUUGAACCGACGUGCGGCGCAAAGGCAUUCCACGUCCGUUUUCGGACAGGGCCGAAAUGGGGAACUAUUAUGCUUCAACAGGCCUCACGGGAGAACGACGAUUAAUUUCAGCGCUCUCUUACUUCCUCGAUAUUACUCUCUAAAUGUCAGACUGAAAACGUCCACCCUUGACCAUCCUCCUAUUUAAACAAAAAACGAUUUCAGGGUAGUGAGAUAGUUGUUAGUACAACAACUGCUUAGUGGCAAAUAUACUCUAAGACUAUAAGGCUUCUGUUUAUAGGGGGAAUAGAGCACUUUUGUGUGUUUUAUACAAAUCAACUAUCGAAGUGUAAGAGUUACUCUUUUUUGAAUUUGCUGUAGAAAAGAAGUGAUAUGUAUGAAAUGUUACCCGUUCAUAAGUAAAUUUCCCAUUUUAUUUGACUAUAGUGUGCGUAUAGGAUUUGGGCCCACCACUUUUGCCAAAUCAAAAUAGCACAAGUCAGCAUUUUGAUAGCAUGUGAUUCGACUUAUGACCUCAAUGUGAUUGCUUUAGAAAUGAUUAAUUAAGUUUUUUAGAUUUAAGAGAGCAGAAUUUAAGACAGAAAUGACAGAACUCGCUGCUUAAAAAUGAAUUAUAUUGAGUGAGAGAGAACCACAACGAACAUUAAAGUGUGAGUUAGUCAGAGUUUAGAUGAAAUCAUGACUCAACAGUUAGUUAUUAUGGUGUACAGUUGUCUUAUGCGUGUAUGUACAAAUUAAACACAUUUUCAGUAUUCUCAUAAAA